GCUAAGCGCAAGACCGUCACCUCCCUCGACGUCGUCUACGCCCUCAAGCGCCAGGGCCGUACCCUCUACGGUUUCGGUGGUUAAACAUCUCAUCUUCUCGUCACGACACAUCGGCGCCCGGCAUCGACGGCUUCUCGCGGCUUCUUGGUCGGGGAUUGUCCGCAUGGUCACACAUUGUUUAUGGAUAUGAUCUGGUCACGGCUAUCGGUCUUCACGGCGUUAUGUUCAUGGGUGGUUUGGAAAUGAUCAAUAUGAAGCUUCGAUCUUCACUUAGCUAGUUCAGUCAAUGCAUACAUAUUCAUGCACAUUGCUGUUCAAUUGUUUCGUGCUGUGAAGUUGACUCAUGCCGUGCUGUCCUUGCCUUUGGCAUAUCUUCCUACCGCCUGCUGCCAACAUCUGACCGCAGACAAAUCCCUCUCAACCUUAGCAUUCUUCGACCCCAUCUCUUCAGCUCCACUAGCACUCCUCCGCGUUGACCGCAGUCAGAGCCGAAAGGUACGCUUUAGUAACCACAUCGAGCUGGUCGAACGGCUGUCCACUCUUCGAAAACAUGGACCCGCACACGGCCUUUCACUCUCAUGGCAGAAGCUACCGGAGUUAACCCCACAAUCACGCCCUGGGCACCGGGGAAUAUCUCGACAUUACCCAGUGGGCUCUUGUAGUAAUGGCGCACUUCGUAGCCGAAACCUUCGCGUUGUUCCGGACGUCUUCCCGGAAGGUGGUUUCGCCGGCGGAGGUGUCGAUAAAGCGUUCCACGACUUCCACCCUUGUGGGGAAGGCAUGCUAGGUGAGGAUGAAGGGCAUGUUGAGCAAGUGUGAUGAAGUGCGGAUAUGUCGAUGUUGAAGAGCAGGAGUGAGCGCUGAAGUGGAGAGCGGAAUAUUUGAGUGUGGGACUUGGACGCAAUGUAGCGUGAGGAUGUGAAAAUGAGCGUGGUAUAUGGAGUGCGCUGAUUGAGCAAGAGCUCGCCACA